UAAUGUUGAACCAGUUCAAAAUAAAUAGCCGAAUGAAGAACUAUUUAUAUAAUUGAUAUGCAUAUAUAUGCAUGAUAAUGCAGAGUAUACAAUAGGGCGUAUAAAUUUCAAACGAUUAUUUUUCUCAUGUGUUAAAACACAAGGACUAUCUUUCUGUCCGUAGGGCAACAAAUAGUGAGGCCAACAUAUGCAUGCCAACGAACAUACCAAAAAUUCUUAGGUUAGGUAUAAUUUUUAGGUUAGAUUUGUAUUUCAUAUUUUAAUUUUCAAAUAUUAUUGAAAAACAUGGAAUUGUUUGUAGUUAACAGGCAUGAGGGUGACGAACCCAAGGAAACCAUUGAAGAUGACGAGAAAGCAAAACUUGAUAGAAUCCUCAAAAAAAUCGACAGGAAUAAAAAACUUCGUCAGAGACAAAAAGAAAAACAAAACUUCAUCGCUGCUAAACAAAGAGAAACGGCAGAAUCGAGACAAAUUAGAAGACAAAUAAAGGCUUCCAUAGUACCAGUACCUGAAAACAAAAACGAAGAAUUCAUCGAUGAAGACGUUAAGGAACACAUUGAAGAAGGUAACGAAGAAAUUGAAGGAGAUGCAGAUAAAUCACCCAAGAAGAAACCUAAAUUAGACCUCAAAGACUUGGAAGGUUUCACAAUAUUGGGCGCCGACAGCUUUGCUAGGAAAAGUAAGGUUAAAAGAAUAUUGCCAAAUUGGCUAGCGAAUCCCACAGUCAUCUCAGUUAACCUCCAAAAUCUGCAGACGAAAGUAUCUGACAUCAAAUUACUCGAUAAGGGAAUUAGGAAACUCCUCAAAGCCAAUGGCGUUGAAUACUUCUUUCCCGUCCAAGCAGAGGUGAUUCCUUGGUUGCUGACAAGCAUAAAAAAUACUGAUGUGAUGUUUCCGAGAGAUAUUUGUGUAUCGGCACCCACAGGAAGCGGAAAGACACUAGCCUUCGCUUUACCCGUGAUACAAGCAUUGAAGAAGUAUACAGUGAAAAAAAUCAGAGCUUUGGUUAUUUUACCCACACAAGAUUUAGCUCUGCAGGUCUUCAAGACUUUCAAGAUAUAUUCUCAGAAUACAAGUAUUGAUAUUUGUCUUGUAACAGGAAGCAAUUCGUUUGCUGUUGAGCAGUCGCAGUUGAUAUCAGACAACAAAGCUUUCGGCUCCUUGACCAAAGCAGACAUUUUGGUUUGCACCGCAGGUCGGUUGGUGGAUCACUUGAAGUUGACCAAAGGAUUCAGUCUUGCUAAUUUGGAGUUUAUCAUCAUCGACGAGGCAGAUCGAGUGUUGGAGAAUGUUCAGAAUGAUUGGUUGUACCAUUUGGAGAAACAUAUCCAUCAAGAAGAGUCUAAUUCGCAAACCGGAAGAUUAUUGAAUUUGUCAACCUUACAAAAGCCAAGACCACCUCAAAAACUAUUGUUUUCUGCCACCCUAUCACAGGACCCGGAGAAGCUCCAGAAAUUGUCUCUUUUCCAACCCAAACUGUUCACGUCUGUUGUGGAAAAUGUAGAAGACAGUAUAAGCACCGAUAAACCUUCUAUGGAUACAUUUAUAGGGAAAUACACCACACCCAGCGAACUCACAGAGAAAUACAUCGCUACAUCUUUAGAGCUCAAGCCGUUGUUCUUGUACAAGUUCAUAAAGUUGGAAAAACUGACGAAGUCUUUAGUUUUUACCCACUCUGUUGAUAGUGCUCAUAGACUGGCAAUACUCUUGAGGGCUCUGUUUGGAAACGACUUGAAAGUGGAGGAAACAUCUUCAAAUUUGCAGGGAAAGAGCAGGAAGCAGCUCAUAGAGAAGUUUUGUAGCGGAAAAAUCGAUAUAUUAGUUUGUACAGAUGCCCUAGCUAGAGGAAUCGAUCUUCCUGGUGUUCAAUGUGUAAUUUCUUAUUCAGCUCCUAGAUACCUCAAAACUUACAUUCACAGGGCUGGUAGGACAGCCAGAGCUGGUGAACCAGGGUUGGCUGUUACACUUCUCAACAAGACGCAAAUAUCAAAGUUCAAAGGAAUGCUGUCUCAAGCAAAUAAAAGCAAUAUCGAGGAGCUUACCAUUCCUGAAGAUGAUUUAGAACCUCUUGGUGAAAAAUAUAAAGAAUCGUUGCAGGAAUUGAAAAAGAUUGUUGAUAAAGAAGAAAAAUUAGAUUUGGAACGAACAUUAUCUGCAAAAGGAUCUAAGAAAAGGAAAAGAAAAAAUUCUAUCAGCAGUAGUAUUAGUAAAUAAAUCUGUAUAAAAUAUAUCCACUUAUUAUUUUA